GUGAAUGUAGCAAAUAUAAGACAAUUUAUAAAUUUUAAAUAAAUAAAUUAAUUAAUUAAAAGAAUGAAAUUUAAAAAAAUGUGGCAGCAUCUCUCGAGCACCGAAAUUACGAAGCAGCAUUAAAUAUUAAUAACACAAAGAAAAAUUUUAUGAUUGGUCCAUUUUUCCAACAUCUAAAAUAUAAAUACGCCCAUUUAAAAUUUUUCUGUCGCGCCUUUUUGAGGUUACGCCAAAACCCAUGUGUGAUGUGCAGAUUCAUCAGUCGUUUAUCAAUUCUGAAAAUCAACAAUAAUUAUAUUUAUAAUUUAUAAUAAACAAAAAAAGUUAUAGUUGUCAUAAUUAGUUGAUGUCAAAGCAAUUAAAUAAAUCAUGAGGGUUUUAGAAUUAUACUCGGGUAUUGGUGGAAUGCAUUAUGCUUUUGAGAAAAGUGGAGUACCUGGAACAAUAGUUGCAGCUAUUGAAAUAAGUACAGUUGCAAAUGAAGUUUAUAAACACAAUUUUCCAUCAACAAAACUGAUUAAUAGAAACAUUGGUUCGUUGACAGUUAAAGAUAUUGAAGAUAUGAAAGUAGAUAGUAUAUUUAUGAGUCCUCCAUGUCAACCUUUUACAAGAAAUGGCCUUCAAAAAGAUAUUAACGAUGCGCGAACAGUAUCAUUUUUUCAUAUACUAGAAUUAAUACCUCAAUUGACAAAUUUAAAAUAUAUAUUAUUAGAAAAUGUUGAACCAUUUUCAAAAUCUUUGUCACGUGAUAUCUUAACUUCAUGUUUACAAAACAGUGGAUUUAAUUAUCGUGAAUGUAUUCUAAGUCCCAGUGACUUUGGAGUACCUAAUAGUAGAUCAAGAUAUUUUUUAAUAGCUAAGAAAAAAAAUUUACCAUUUUGUUUAUCAGACUCAACGAUAACAGACAUCAACUCUGAUUUAAUUUUAAAUAUUUUAUCCAAGUCGUGCCGAUUCAAAAUAUUUAAAAAUAAACACCCGGAAUAUCUAACAAACGAUUGCAUUAAAUUAAGUGAAGUAGUUAGUAAUUCAAAUGAAAUUGACACACAUGAGUACAAUUUACCGGAAACAAUUUUAAAUAAAUAUAUUAAAGUACUAGAUAUAAGAAGUCCUGACUCCAAAGGGUCAUGUUGUUUUACUUCAGCAUACGGACGUUAUGCUGAAGGCACAGGGUCAGUUUUUUCUCCAUUACUCAGCUCUGAUGUUGAGGAAAAAAUUUAUGAAUUAAAAAAUAGCGAGUUGACCGAAAAUAACUCGGAUAUUUUAAAGAGUUUAAGGUUACGUUACUUUACACCUAGUGAAGUAUCGCGACUCAUGUGUUUUCCUCAUAAAUUUACGUUCCCAAGUACAAUAAAUAAACGACAAAGAUAUAAAUUGAUCGGCAAUUCGAUAAAUGUCCACAUUGUCAGUCUAUUAAUUAUUCUCCUUGAUUACGUACCUGAUUCUAAUUAAAAAAAAAAAAAAAGUAUAAAGAAUUGUUAAUAUUUUAAAAUAAGAUAUUUAUUUUAAUAACAAAUAAACAUUUUUAAUAAAACUUU